AUGGAUUAUCACCGCACGAUCAGAGUAUUUGAUGCGUUCCCUAAAACGGAACCUGUCAAUACCGUGAGGAGCACUAAAGGCUCCUAUUCCACCAUCUUAAUGGGGUUUUUCAUCUUGUUCCUUAUAUGGGUUGAGAUCGGAGGAUACGUGGAUGGAUACAUUGAUCGCCAGUUCAUGUUGGACAGAAACAUCCAGCGUGUUCUCAAUAUCAACCUUGACAUGUUUGUUGCCACCCCUUGCAAUUAUCUGCAUACUAACGUCAAAGACAUCACACAAGAUAGGUUUUUGGCGCAGGAGCAACUGAACUUUGAAGGUGUGAAUUUUUUCAUCCCAGAUUCGUUCCGUGUCAAUGGCGAUGAAUCACAAGGAAGCACGUUGGAUUUGGAUGAAGUAAUGAGAGAGUCAGCUCUAGCUGAGUUUCGAGAGAAGAAAUCUUUUACUCACGGAGAUGCCCCGGCCUGUCAUAUCUUCGGAUCUAUCCCCGUUAACAAGGUCCAUGGAUUCUUUCACAUAACGGGGAAAGGCUAUGGCUACAGAGAUAGAUCAAUAGUACCCAAGGAAGCAUUGAAUUUUACGCAUGUCAUCAGUGAAUUCUCAUUUGGUGAGUUCUACCCAUACAUGAACAAUCCCUUAGAUUUUACCGCAAGAACCACCAAUGAUCACAUUCACACAUUCAAUUAUUAUUUGGACGUAGUCCCUACAGAGUACAAGAAACUGGGAAUCGUGAUUGACACCACCCAGUAUUCCAUGACCGUCACUGAACUUCCUGGUUUGAGCAGGCCACCAGGACUCUUUUUCAACUACCAGUUUGAGCCAAUCAUCUUGUCCAUUGAAGAAAAGAGGAUAUCAUUUGUGCGUUUCCUAGUUCGGUUGGUGACCAUUUGUGGUGGUAUAAUGGUCGUUGCCAAAUGGAUUUUUAGAACGGUUGACAAACUGAUACGAGUAGUGUUUGGCAAUCAGGUUGCCAAUCGUGGGAGGGAGAAGGCCUCCUCGUUGUUGUAA